AUGGCAUCUCUCCGACCAGCAGCGCGUUGGCGCCAUGCUGCACGCCUGAUACCCUCACUGCGAACCUCAGCACAACGACCCUACUCCGCUGCUGCUGGUGCCGCCGCCAUCAAGCCCUCGGCCCUCUCGAGCGAAGCCCCCUUCUUCCCCAAUGAGCCUGCCGGUCCAAUCGUCAAGACGGCCAUUCCAGGCCCGAAGAGCAAGGCGGCGAUCGAGGAUUUGCACAAGGUGUUUGAUACCCGGAGCUUGAACAUGCUGGCCAACUAUCAGCAGAGCUUGGGCAACUACAUUGCGGAUCCUGAUGGGAACGUCUUGUUGGAUGUAUAUGCGCAAAUCGCCUCGAUCCCCGUCGGUUACUGUAAUCCCGCGCUCCACGCUGCUGCCUCCUCUGAGCAGAUGAUCUCGGCCUUGAUCAACCGUCCGGCACUGGGUAACUUUCCGCAGCACGAUUGGGCGGAUAUCCUGCGAACGGGAAUCCUCUCCGUAGCACCCAAGGGCUUGGAUCAAGUCUUUACCGCCAUGGCCGGCAGCGACGCCAACGAAACAGCCUACAAGGCAGCCUUCAUGUGGAGGCGGCAGCAGGAGCGCGGAGGAGCGCAUGUCGAUUUCACCGAGUCCGAGAUCUCCUCCUCGAUGCUCAACCAGUCCCCCGGUGCCCCUGCCCUCUCGAUCCUUUCUUUCAAAACCGGCUUCCACGGCCGCCUCUUUGGCUCCCUCUCGACCACGCGCAGCAAACCCAUCCACAAACUCGACAUCCCGGCCUUCGACUGGCCCCAAGCCACCUUCCCCCUGCUCAAAUACCCACUACACGAAUUUGAAGCCGAGAAUGCCGCAGCGGAGGCCGAGGCUCUGGCGGACGUCGAGCGCCUCAUCAAAACGCACCACCUGCCCCCUUGCGCCGUAGUCGUCGAGCCCAUCCAAAGCGAAGGCGGCGACAACCACGCCUCGCCGUCCUUCUUCCGCGGCCUGCGCGCCCUCACCAAGAAACACAACGUCCUGCUGAUCGUCGACGAGGUGCAGACCGGCGUCGGCGCUACGGGGAGGUUCUGGGCGCACGACCACUGGGAGCUCGACACGCCACCCGACAUGGUGACGUUCAGCAAGAAGGCGCAGACGGCGGGCUACUACUUUGGGAACCCGGAGCUGCGGCCGAACAAGCCAUAUCGCCAGUUUAACACGUGGAUGGGUGAUCCAUCGCGGGCGCUGCUGUUCAAGGCUAUCAUCGAAGAAAUCGAUAGGAUGGACUUGGUGAAUAACACUGCUACAGUCGGCGACUACUUGUUUUCGGGGAUCGAGAGGCUGGCGGAGAGGUAUCCGGGGGAGAUUACGAAUCUGAGGGGAAAGGGACAGGGCACGUUCAUCGCGUUUGAUAGUCCGAGACGAGACGAUUUCCUGAAGAAGGCGAAGAGCGUGGGUGUUAAUAUUGGGGGCAGUGGGGAGGCGGCUGUGCGGUUGAGACCUAUGUUGAUUUUCCAGAAGCACCACGCGGAUAUCCUGCUUGAGGCUAUGGAGAAGAUUGUGAAGUCGUAG